AUGGACGCGGCUGCCGCUCAUCAAGGCAUCUCAAACAUAUACCAAGAAGCGGUCCAUCAACAGAACCCACUCUCCAACUUCUUUGAGCAGAUCAUGGUCACCCACUCAGAUUUUCUAGCAACCGAGUAUCUAUGUCCGCCUCCUGAUCUCACCGCAUGGUUACCUGAGACUGAUUGGUUUGGCCAAGUUGAUCUCUUUGGGGCUGAUUUUGUGCCAGCCAUUGACGAAACGUUCAAUACACCAACGCUGGAUGCCGGUCGCGUUGGCGCAGAGACUACACCAGGCGGCACCACUAUCAAUGAUGCUGGAGCAACCAAUAGCGGCGAUGCAGUGAGGCGACGGCAUGCUGUUUUUAAGCAAUCGCCAUGGUUUUGGGUACCAGAGCGCAAUCAGAACGCCUUUAGUGAGCAAGAGGGCAUCACUCUCGACGAGCGACAAGUAGACCUGGCUCUCUCCCCACAUCAACCCCACGCAUCUAAUAUCAUCAUCCCUGGUUACUUGUCACAGCAAAGCCGCGAUCAAGUUCUCCAGCUUGUUUUGAAGACUGCCCCUAGCCAGGUAUCAAUAUCAUCCUUCCCAUCCGUAGACUGCCUCGAUAAGCUCGUCAAAGUCGGUAUAGCAAAACGAACCGAAGGAGAUGCGUGGAUACAUCCAUAUACGUUCGACGCCGAUACUGUGAGACCGGAAUUUCUGACAGCGCUUGUAGUGGCAGGCUGCAUUUGCUUCGGCAUACCAUCAGUGAACAAAACCGGGCUCGUUCUCCAAGAGAUUGUCCGAGUGUCCCUGAGAGAGCUUGCUGAGCGUGACAAUAGUGCCAUGCGAGAACUACAAUACCUACAAGCAUCAAUGCUCUGGCUGGAUAUAGGAGCAUUCUGUGGCUUCCGGCGUAAAAUGGAGCUUGCUGAAAGCUCCUUACAAGUACUCGUCACAUCACUGCGCCGUGCGGGUAGGUUUGACGACGUCCGAUAUUCCACCAUUAUGCCCGCGCCAGACGACGACGUUGAGGUAUUGGACAAGAAGUGGCGUCAAUGGGUUGAGCAAGAAGCCUACAAGCGACUAGUCUACCACCUUUUCGAACACGACAUAUACAUGACAAUGGUCAACCAACGACAGCCGCUGCUCUCUUAUGCAGAGCUUACGCUGCCACUACCUGCUUCAGAAACUUUAUGGCUUGCGCCAUCAGCUGCGGUCUGGAAGGCACGCAUUUUGAGUCGUUCGUCUCCCAACUUCCGUCCCUCUAUGAGAUCAAUCCUCCAGGAAGCAGGGUCAAUAUCCUGCCUUCAUGGCAGCUUUGACCCACGUAUUGCGCGCUCAGCAUAUAUCCACGGACUAGCAUCACAAGUUUGGGAGCAUCGUCAACAGGCCGUACUACUUCAUGAGCUGAGUGAUCCUGCUGCUCAGCUAUGGUCUCGAUCGCGUCGACAAACCCUGCAAGAUUGUCUUCGUAAUACAGAAAUUGUUCUCGACAGCUCAUCCGCCUUGACAUGCAUGUUCCAGCAAUUCUUACAAAUGUAUUUGCAUGCAGACUUGGACAUCAUUACACGCUUUGCUGGACGAUGCGGGGAAGAAGCCGCACACCGCGCAUAUAUUGCACUGCAGCCGUGGAGCAAGUCUCGAGAAGCCCGCACAGCAGUAGCCCACGCAGGCCAAGUCCUACAAGCCGCACGCGCAAUUAUCCCUUACCAAAACCGCGGCCAAGACUCCUUCAUCAUAUACCACUCGAUCAUGGUACUCUGGACAUAUAGCAUGCUAAUAAGCGACCACGCACGCAAAACCGGCUUCAACACACCUAUCCAACCAAGCUCAACUGUACCGCCUGAACAAACCGUACUUGUGUUCUUGGAUGACGCGCGGCCCUCCAACCAGGCUGCUGUAGACGCCUUCAUCAUAAUGAACACGGGGACGCCAUGUCUUCGCAUCUUACCGUCUCGGACUAGGCAAACGCAGGGCGCUGCCGAAGCCGAGGCAGCAAAGUCCAACGUUUGCAAUCUGAAAUAUCCAUGGCAGGUCAUGGAAGCUGGUGUAGCGUUACUGGAUGGAACCCAUCCGGAUGUGGACCGAGAAAUUGGUCCGCCAUUGAUUCGGGCUUUGUGUGGGUUGAUGGAGGAGCUGGGUGGGUUGCCAGCAUCGUGAAUGAGCUUUUUCUAGCAUAUAUGGGCGGAAUUUCAUGACUUUCAGACUGCUGCUUGCUUCAGAAUACACCAAAAUAGCUCCAAUGAGUGGUCAAGUCAUUC